UAGUUGACAAGAGAUAUUUUACUUUUUGUGUGUCAACUCUUUAAAGGAAAACAAAAAUUUUGAUCUAUCAAAAUUAUCUCGGCCCUAAAUUGUCUGUUCAAAAGGGAAUUUGCCAUAUUUUUUUUUUCAAUCCCAAGACCAUGUCAUCUCAGUUUCGUGAGAAGCGCGGAAUAGCUAGCAGUGGCAAUAAUGAACUGCCCACCAUGGAUCCCACGGAAAGUGACUUUGCUCUGGAGCUGAAGCCAGCACCCAAACAGACCUGCAUUCCGGAGCACCAGCGCCAGAGAUUGGCCAGCUCGGACACCAGCGUUUACCAGCGUGAGAGCGUGUUUGAUAUUCCGGACAAGUCCUGGUCAGUCCUGUAUUUUGGAUCCGGCAAGGGCAGACCCUCGAAUUAACUGUAAUAGAAAGUCAUACUUAUUAUAUAUAAGACUGCUGUUUCCCAUCUCAACAUUCCGUUUAGCACCACUUUAAAUCGAAUGUCUGCAACCGCCUGGCCCACUGAUUGACUCCUUCACCACCACAUCCAUCCAUCAGUCAUCCAUCAGAUGUCGCGAAAUGUUAUAUAAAAUUGAAAUUCGCCUUCGUGCCAGUGCA